AUGCGUUACUCCUAUAGAAUACUUGUGGCGUCUCUGCUACUGAUAUUGGGGUUUUCAAUCUUCAAGUUUAAGGAAUUUAGAGAUCAAGAAGUUAUUGAAAGAGAUGAUUUAUUGAAUAGAUAUCAAACUAAUCAACAGAAUUCUUUACAAUUAGAGAAAGAUAUUAAUGAUCUUAGAAUCAAUGAAAAAUUCCUAAUCUCUAAAUUGAAAUUAAAUGAAGAAAAAUUGGUUGAAAGUACAAAACAAUUAUCAAUAAAUCAAGAUAAAGUUAACCAAUUAAACAUAUUGAGUGAAGGAACUCGUUAUGAAGUUGUAAAUUCUCAAUAUAAAAAAUGGAAUUUCAUUAAAGAAUCACCAAGUUAUCAAAAAGUUACAUAUUUGAAAACUGGAUUUGAUACUUCAAUCAAUGAUUUAAUUGUAUUAAGUGUUAUUGGUCAUGGUGAAUCUUAUGGACCAACAAGAUCAUUUGCAGAUUAUCUUGACGUGAUACAUUCAAUGAAAUAUGAUUGGAAUAGAGCUACUUUAGGUUUACUAAUUGGUAAAAAGGAAGAAUAUGAUAAUAUAAUAAAUUAUCUUAAUAAAUUUGAAUCUGAAGAUUCUUUUUCCAAAAUUAUUGUUAUUCAUGCUGAAUAUAUUGAAAAAGUUGGUGCUCAAUUAUCAAGAGAUCAACGUCAUGCUGAUAACGUUCAAAAAGAACGUAGAAGAACAAUUUCAAAAUCAAGAAAUUUCUUGGUAAAUAAUGCAAUUGAAGAUGAAGCAUAUACAUUAUUUUUAGAUAGUGAUAUGGUUAAAGUUCCAACAGACAUGAUUAAAACUUUCCUUAACACGGAUAAAGAUGUUAUAGUACCGCGUAUUGCCAAAGGAACAACUAUAGAAAAUUAUGAUUUUAAUUCAUGGAGAGGUACAAGAAUAAAACCAACAAAAGAACAAGAAGAUUUAUUAGAUAAAGAUCCAAAUUUUGUAUUUGUUCCAAAACCUGACCAGGCAGAUCAUAUGCAUGAUUUAGCUCAUAAAACUCAAGAAUAUAAUCAUAAAGGUGAAGAAUCAUUCAUAGUAGAAUUAGAUUCUGUAGGUGGUGCUGUAUUAUUCCUCAAAAGUGAAAUUUUUAAACAAGGUAUAAUGUUCCCAACAAAUUAUAUUAUUGGAACUACUUGGGAUAGAGAAGGUUAUGAUGGUAUUGAAACUGAAGGGCUUUGCUACCAAGCUAAUAUUAUAGGAUAUCAUUGUUGGGGUAUGCCAAAUUAUGUUGCAUAUCAUGUUGAUGAAAACGUUAUUGGUGGAUAA